AUGCCCUUCGGCCUUACCAAUGUGCCGGCCAGCUUUCAAAACUUCAUUAACGAUUGCGUCCUCGACUACCUUGAUAUGUUCUGUACAACAUGUCUUGACGAUAUUCUCAUCUACAGUGACACCUUAGAGUAUCAUCAGGUACAUGUCGAGAAGGUCCUGGAAGCCCUACAACGAAAUGGAGUACUACUCAAGCUGGAGAAAUUUGAGUUUCAUACACAACGCAGCACUUAUCUCGGCCUCAUCAUUGAACCGAACGGCGUUAAAAUAAAUCCAAGGAAAGUGGAGACAGUAAAGAAUUGGACCGUCCCCAAAACAGUUAAGGAUGUACAAGCAUUCCUAGGUUUUGCUAAUUUUUACCGUCGAUUCACACGCGGGUUCUCGGAACUGGCUGACUACGUCUCUGCCAGUGUACUCUCCCAAUCCAAUGAUAAUGGUAUCCUUCAACCCGUCGCCUACUUCUCAAAGAAGCACUCUCCCGCCAAAUGCAACUACGAGAUUUAUGACAAAGAAUUACUGGUGAUAAUCCGAUCCUUUGAAGAUUGGUGA